CCUCGGCUUGCCCAUUCGGCUCUGCCUGCGUGCGUGGCCUGACAAAACUGCCACUCAUGACCCUCCCCCACCCGCUGCCCCGGCCCCAAGCCUGCCUCUCGACACUUCCGCCACCAGUCGUGAACCUUCACUUCCACCUGUCAACCACCCAUCGAUCUCCACGACAGCGUUGAACGCCCACUUCAUCGUUUUCGACGACGACGCAUCACCGCGAGUGAGAUACAAUCGGCAGCGACGAAAUCCGUCUCUUCCGAACCUCGUUUUUCGACCGUGAGGCGACUUUUUCGGUGGCGCACGCACAAGUUCACCCCGCGCUCGCAUUUGCUGGCAAUUCAUAGCCACGACGGCAUCGCCGAACCGAACGCCUGCUCGGUCUAUGGGCACAGGUUACUAGCUCUGAUUCCCCAUAAACGACAAAUCACAUCAUAAUGUCGACUUACAACGGACGACACGGCCCCAACGUGUCGCAAUACCUGCGGGACCUCAACACCAUUAGCCCCCAGGACACCACGGCCGCCGACGAGGGCUUCAACAUGGAGGACGACCUCUCCCUCUUUACCAACACCCAGUUCUUCGACUUCGACUCUGGCCAGAACCUGGAUUAUCAAGCCCAGCCUGUCAAGGUCGACGUCAAGAAUGCCGGCCGCCACAGUUCGAAUGCGUCCGAUGAGGCGACCACGGCCGCGCCCUCGGUCAUUGGCGACAUGCCCAACCUGGACUUUAUGUCUGGCGACUUCAACUUCAGCGAGUUCAACAACGCAUAUGCGUCCCCGUCCAUGAACACGUUCCCUGAUGGUGCCUCAUCUUUCCCGCCGCUGCAGCCCAACCACGCGCCAGUCCAGUCCCACCCGUCGCAAGCCCAGUUCCGGCAAGAAGCCGCCCGGCCCGGCGAGAAGCGCAAGGCCGAGGCUAUGGCGGCCCCAACCCCGCAGCUCAACUUUGAGGAGUCGUCGCGCGUCGCCGCUGAGGAAGACAAGCGGAGGCGGAACACAGCCGCCAGCGCCCGCUUCCGGAUCAAGAAGAAGCAGCGAGAGCAGGCUCUCGAGAAGUCGGCCAAGGAGAUGACGGACAAGAUCACCGCCUUGGAGGGCAAAGUGUCGCAGCUCGAGACGGAGAACAAGUGGCUCAAGAACCUCCUCGUCGAGAAGAACGAGGGCAGCGACGACAUCACGGCCCUGUGGAAGGAGUUUACGAAGCACGCGACGGAGAAGACCAAGGCCGCGUCAGCCGCGUCCGGGGCCGAGGGCGCCAAGGAGGAGCGGUGACGCAGGGCAAAGCCGGGUUGAGCCAGAGGUGUGAGAGCUUGAGCCUCUGGCGGCGUUGUGCGGUUCAGGCGUUGUUUGCUUCCGGGUGAAAAGGGUCGGCAGGCUGGCAGACGCGCUGUGGGACAACCGAGAACCGGUUGGCAGUCGAUGACGUGAAGGCUAUAUAUCACCACAUACAUGACGCGAAGGAGCGCAUAGAAAGCCUACGGGCUCGGAGUGGACGAGUUAUUGUUUGCACGAAAUACAUAACGUUUCAAUUGUUACUCGAU